AAUGACGUCAGGCAACAUUGAUCAGUCAAGAAAGAAUAUUACUAAAAUAAAUGUUUUAUUUUUAUAUUAAUACUAAUUUAUUAUUAAUAAUCGAAAUAUUUUUACGGCUUAACUAACUUAUUCUACGAUUGUUUGUUAUAGUUGUUUCUACAUUAGUAUCAUAAAUGGGGGAUGAAAAGUCUGAAGAUCUUUCACAAACGGAAUUAUCGAACUGUGAGAGCGUUAAGGAAAAUGAACAAAAGGAGAACGAUAAUAAUGGUAAAUCGGACAAAAUUAAAGUUGAUAUAUUGUUAAAGGCAACUGGCAAUGCUCCUAUUAUGAAAAAGAAAAAAUGGGCUGUAGAUGCUGAAAAACCUAUUGGCUGGAUUAUGGAAUUUGUUAAGAAAUAUUUAAAACUUGAACCUGAAGAAAAAUUGUUCCUAUAUGUAAAUCAAACAUUUGCUCCGUCACCCGAUCAAAUAAUAAGAAACCUAUAUGAGUGUUUUGGUACUGAUGGUAAACUUGUAUUGCAUUAUUGUAAGAGUCAAGCAUGGGGUUAAGAACACAAAUGUGGUUUAUUCUACUUACUGAUAACAAUGUCAAAGCCAUAAAUUAACACUUUUUAUAAACUGCAUUUACCUGUCAUGCAGUUCUAAGUAUCAACAAUUAAUUGUUAUUUUUGAGCAACAAAGCAGCAUCUAGUGACUGCAUAGAAAUUUUUCAAAAACUAAUUAUUUAUUUAUCAGAUUAUAUUUACUACUACUGUCAUUACCAACAGUAAUAUUUUAAUUUAUUUCUUGUAAAAAUAUAGUAUUCGCAUGUUAGUUGUUUAAAUGCUAUAAAUAUGAUAUGUUUAUGUUAUGUAUGCUUUAUUAUUAUUUAAAA